AUGGCUUCUCCCUUGUUCCUGUGUAUCCUCUUGAUCAUAUGCAGCUACGGCGCUUACAUUGUUGCAGGCGCCGCUCCACACGGGUUCGUCGUAGUGUCAACCAGCAGCUUGUUCCAGCCAAAAGAUGUCUGCUCCACAUCCACGGUGACGCCACGGCCGGACCGCGCUGUUGUGCCGCUCGUGCACAGGCACGGGCCGUGCGCACCGUCGCAGUCCACCAUCAAGACAUCUUUCGCUCAGGCGCUCCACAGAAGCCGCGCCCGCGCGGACUACAUCAUGAGUCGAGCGACCACGCAGGAGGAGGAUGGCAAGGUGAGCAUCCCGGCGCACCUGGGCGACUCCGUCGGCUCGCUGGAAUACGUCGUCAAGCUGGGGCUCGGCACGCCGGCCGUGGAGCAGGUUGUCCUCAUGGACACUGGGAGCGACCUGUCUUGGGUGCAGUGCAAGCCCUGCAACUCCAGCGACUGCUACCCUCAGAAGGAUCCCCUCUUUGACCCUAGCAAGUCAUCUACCUACGCUCCAAUCCGCUGUGACUCCGCCCUGUGCAAGACGCUCCAGUCCGAUCGUUUCGGCAAUGGCUGCACCAGUAAUGGCACCCAGUGCGGGUACCGAGUGGAGUACGGGGGCGGAUCCAAGACGACCGGCGUGUACAGCAACGACGCGCUAACGCUGGCGCCCGACGUCGUAAUCAACAACUUCCACUUCGGCUGCGGCUACCACCAGGGCGGCCCCAACGACAAGUACGACGGCCUCCUUGGUCUGGGCGGCUCGCCGGAGUCGCUCCCGGUCCAGACGUCCAAACUCUACGGCGGUGCCUUCUCCUACUGCCUCCCGUCGGUGAGCAGCGGCGCCGGGUUCCUCGCCCUCGGAGCGCCGAGCAACACCUCGGGCUUCAGGUUCACGCCGAUGACCCGCUUCAUGCACGAGACCACCUUCUACCUCGUGAGGCUCACCGGCAUCAGCGUCGGCGGGAAGCAGCUCAGCAUCCCGCGGAAGGUGUUCGAGGGAGGCAUGAUCAUAGACUGCGGCAACAUCCUCACGCACCUGCCCGACACGGCCUACGGGGAACUCAAGUCGGCGUUCCGGGCAGCCAUGGCGGCGUACCCGCUCUUGCCACACAAGUACGACACUUGCUACAACUUCACGGGAUACAGCAACGUCACCGUGCCGAGGGUUGCUCUCACAUUCAGCGGCGGCGUGACGGUCGACCUGGAUGUGCCCAACGGGGUCCUGUUGGAUGAUUGUCUCGCCUUCACCGACUCCGGCCCAGACGAUUACGUCGGGAUCAUCGGCAAUGUCAACCAGCGUUCGCUGGAGAUGUUGUACGAUGUUGGGGGUGGUAGACUCGGAUUCCGCGCCGGCGCAUGCUGA